AUUUUUGGAGGGGAUAUCAACAAGAUAAUAAGACUAUUUUCCCAUUAUCUCUUCGCCCAGCUAAACAUUAACUCUAAGUACACUUACCGUUGAUAGUUUUCCUAGGCGCAAAAACGUGAUUUCGAGUUUUGACCUCGUCAAGCGGCACCGCUCAGGGACUGGUUGAAGAUCAUUUCAUAUCAUCAGCGUUACUGCCACUGUUUUGUUUUGUAUUUUUUAAAUCUUUUUUUUGUUGUUGUCCGGAAUAUAUUUUUACCUGCCUGGAUACAUUAAGAAUUUCUGCGAAGUCCCUUUUUAUUGACCAAAGAGUUAACUGAGAGAACACUUUAUUUUAUGCGGACAAGGUUGGAGGAAGCACAAUUUUUUUCCCAAAAGUAAACCUCGAAGUUUGGCGAACGACUGAGACAACAUAUUCAUCUCUUUUUAAAAAGUUUCUUGAUCGGAGUGAGGCGAUGCUGUGAUUCUCAAGACUUGGGAUUAAUAUAGGAGACUGAAGCGGAACCAUAAUCAUAUCAAGCAAUUCCAUUGUGAUCUAAUAUCAUCGACCGCCUUCACAUUCUUACUGGAAAGGCUGGAAUUUACAAUAUACAUAAUUUAUAAAUAUUCAUGGACGCUUAACACUGUUGUUUUCAACUGAUACUUAAUAACACCUAGAGAAAACCAACUAUAUAUUCCACAGAUCCAACUUUUCCGUAAUAUAUUUACUUUCAUUCCGCUCCUUCCAUGUGUCAUUUUACAGAAAAGGCUGAAUUGUAUUCUUAACUUAACAAAGUUCUAAUGAAGUGAUAUUCUUGUUGGUUAUUCAUUGAACAAUAAACAUUGGCCUGUUUUUUCCGUUUCCUUUUGCUGAUUGGUCAAAAUAAUUCCCUUUUUGCACAAACGAAACUGUCACCUUUUAGUCCUAAACUAGAAUGAAAAAUAUGUUCAGUGUGCAAGGUAUGGCUUUCGAGAACUGCAAAGAACUCCAGAAUCGGACAACCUCAAAAAUUUGCUACCGAUGGGGCAACAUCACAAUCGCACUGGCCAUCUCACUAUUGUUGCUCCAAUUCGCAGUUGCUUGCAACUCUACAACAGAAUGUUGCCAUGACAACGAACACACAAUACAAGAAUCGGAAAAAGCUGUUACCAUAGAAACGGAGGUUGAUACGGGGACGUCAGAUGCCCUGCUGGUGACGGAACGCUCUCGCUUUUUUGAAAGGCUGAAUUUUACGCGGAGAAUUACGUUCCCGAAUUUUACCCAGUAUGGCGAGGACCUGCCUCCCCUGGGUGACCCGGAGGAUAUAGCGGACUUGGCCAUGCAGAAUGAGGGUCUCCCAGACGAAUGCAGAUCAGAUCUGUGCCCGAGACAGAAUAUAACAGACCUCAAGGGCACCUUCGAGUGGGACUACACCCCUGCGGGAGAGUACGCCUUCUUACCAUGCCCCAACGGGGGCUGGCUGGAGGAAUACUUCCCCACCGCCCCUCCCAUGAUGGUGGCCUACCGCCCCUGCUACCCACCCACGGAGAGGAAGGGGCUGAGGCAACUCUUCUACGAGGGGGCUUUCUGGGGCGAGCCGGUGACUGAGAUCUGCCGCUGGAGUUCUGAGACGACGUGGAUGCUGGAUGACAUCCGGCAGGCCAUCCGAGAAGAAAUAUUGGACAUGAUCGACAACACACCAAGCAACAACUACAACAGCAACAACGUCACCCGCGUCGUCUACCACCUCCGCGAGGCCAAUCUCUUGCUCAGCUCCGUCCCCUCCCAUUACAUCACCGAGGUCGACGUCCUCUUCGUGGCGUCGAUGAUCGACACGUCCAUCAGCGCCGGCGUCGAGGGCCUCUACGCGGUCACCUCGGAUCUCGGUCAGGAGGUGGUCAAGCUCGCGGACCGGAUGUUGGACCUUGAUAUUUGGACUUUGCUCAAGGCCCAUAGUUCUUGUCUCAGUAUUGCAGAUAAUCUCGAAAUCUACACCGAGCACGUCAUCAUGGGUAUAUUCGGCGACAAACUCACGCACUACGGUCGCAAUCUGUACAUCGAAGUCGAACAGACGACGCCGGAGUACGUGGAUCAUUUGCCGAAUAGAUGGGUAGUUGUACCCGAAAAUGAGGGAAACUCGGCAUCGGAACCGGUCGUAUCUAUCGAGUUUCAAUGGGGUAAAAUUGCAGCGGUAAAACGUCGGAAUCAAACGGAUGGGAGAUCGCAUAAAAUCCGGGAUGGAGAUCGAGACAGAAGGAGAAACCGGACUUUAUUCGAUGACCGGUUUGAUCGGAGAGAUCCGGGGGCAUAUGCCGUGCCUUCAUACAAGCUCAGGGCUACAGCCAUUGUUUAUUACACAGGCAAGUUCUUCGUGAGUGAGUUGUCUCAGAUAGCCCCUGUCGAUGACACGGUGCUCGUGUACAUCAAGGCAUACGCCGAUGGCGUCCCCGUGGAAGAGAUCACCGAACCACUCUCAAUCACUUUCUAUCACACCAGUAAUGGCCAGGACGACCUACCAGACUGGGCUGAAUUUGCCUGCGGGUCAGCUCGGCUCCUUAGUUCAAGGGAACCCGUACCUGAUCUCGUUCAGCAUGUUGAGCUCGAGUGGGAUUCGUCCCAUUGCACGAUGAAUUUCACGAACGAGAACUACACCAUCUGUAUGUGUACCAUCUUAGAUAUUAUUGGGUUGAUUAAAGAUGAGCUUCCGACACAAGAACCGACCACACCCGAAACAGCACCAGGACCGCUUGAAUUUAUUGGGAUUCCAAACUCGCUCGGUCUGACAAUAACAAGCUACAUUGGCUAUAGUAUAUCAAUCAUAAGUCUACUUCUCACAAUCCUGACCUAUGCGAUCUUUCCGAAGCUCCGUCGUGGUCGUCCGACCCUCAUCCACGUCAACCUCUGCGUGGCCAUCCUGCUCCUCCUCGUCCUCCUCAUCUCCUCCGUGGCCUUCUGCAGCAACUACAUCGGCUGCCGGGUCGCCAACAUCUUCCGUAUCUACACCAUCCUCGUCUCGCUUAUGUGGAACGGUGUCGAGGCCGUCCACAUGUACAUGACCCUUGUGAAGGUCUUCAAUUCGCAAGCGUCUCACUUCGUUCUGAAGGCUGGCUUGGUAGCAUGGGGUUUACCCCUGUUUGUAGUGCUCAUCGCUGCUGCAGUUAACAUUGAGAUUUACGACGGGGUACUGAUCAACUGUACAUUCAGUUGUCGUUUGAGUACUGCUGCCUUCUACUGCUUGUUCCUUACGCCAAUGCUCAUCAUCGUCCUCUUCAACAGCAUCGUCUUCGGGCUCGUCCUCCGUGUCAUUAGAAAAAUAUAUAAAACUGAUGGUAAAAAGACACCAUUGAAUCAGCUCAAAGGUGCCGUUGCCCUUCUAGCUCUUCUUGGUAUCUCAUGGAUCUUCGGCGCGGCUGCUGCGGUCAACUUUCAGAUCGUCCCGUCGGGAUACGAACCCCAAGCUACUGCGAAUACUUUUCAGGCUCUCUUUGCAAUCAGCGUUGCUUUCCAGGGCUUCUUUAUUUUCAUCUUCCAUUGUGCAAGGUUCUCGGAUGUUAGGCACCAAUGGAAAACGAGUCUAACCCCGAAGAGAUUCAGAAGACAGAAGCGGAAAUCGAGUUGCAUUCCAACCGUUUCUACCGGGUCAGGGAUUGACGGUUUGCAGGAUACGCGGAUAUAGCAGGAACUGCGGAUAAAGCAGGAACAGUAUAUGUAACCAAGGAAUGCGGUGACCUAUGGAUGCGUUAAACUCAGGAUCCGGUAACAUCGGGAUGCGGUAAAUUCGAGACGCGGUACCUGCUGAAUGGAGUAACCUCUGGCUGCGGUAACAUUAAAAGAUGCGGUAACAUCGGGAUACGGUAAUGAUAGAAUGCAGUCAUUUCAUGCGGCCAAUCGCGGACUUGGUCGGACAGGCCAUCUCGUAUGUAACAUGGAUGCGAUAAUCUAUACGCGUCUUUUCUUUAGCGGCAUUCCCGGAGAAAUGUGACGAUUGUAAUGAACAGCCGCUCACGGGAUUCCCGCGGGAUCCCUGCAUGCUGUAAUCAAGACGGGGCUCUGACUUUUGACAAAAUGUUUUAGAGGAGAAAGACGCGUCAGUCUUUUAGGAGUAAGUAUUGUCAUAUGGUAAAAAAAAAAAAAUCAUAGGAACACUGUAUGUUACAGGCGAACAGGACGCUGUAAACCUUUGUGCUAUUGAAUGUGAUGAGAUGCCGCGAAUGAAAUAUCACCUUUUUGCCGCCAUUAUCUCGGAGUAGAACAAUCGUAAAGUGAUAUGGAUGAAGUAGGCCUACCCAUCGUCGUUAAGGGGCCUACCACAACACCAGGCUUUUAUUUUGUGCAAGGAAAAAGAAUUGUGUGAUAUUUUAUUCUCAUUGUGAUGGAACCAUGGCACUUAUACUGUGUAGAAGAUACCUUUGCUUGAACUUUCGUCUUUUUAAACAGACUUUUUCAGAAGCAGUGUAUCUAACUUCUUCUAUUAAAGACAAAAGCUCAAGCAAACUAAACAGAUUUUCCAGCGCCAUUCAAUGAUUUGACUCCCUUCACAAAACUAUGUUCAAUAACUGUGGAAUAGGUAAGCAUGCAUCUUAUUAAAUCUCAUCGGCAAAAACAGAUUAAGGAAUGACCUAAGAUCGUAUGACCAUAGCUUUAAACAUCAAAGGAAAAUGCAAGUUUUGUGUAUAUCUUCUUGAGUAUAUGCUGGAUCUGAAAACAAUUACUUUUGUCAUGUUGCAAGCAAUAUUUAUUGCUAUUUUUUGUUCACUUUGUCUCUUCCCAAUCUAUGUGUGCUAUUAUUUGAACGUGUUGCUGACCGCAAACUUGUUAAUCAAGAUAAGAUGUUAUACUUUCGACUAAAUCGUAGGAUGUGCCUGAAAUCAUCAAGUGUUUGAUUAAAAUAUCAAGUUUAUCAUUCCACAUUCAACUUUAAAUAUUAAAAGACUAAAAAAUAGCAUUUGACCGCAUUCAUACUUUUAACAUUCCUCCAAGUAUUUUCAUUAUCUCAUGUAAGCCUGUCACAAUAACUAAAAGCAAAUGGAGAGUGCAGAAAAUAACUAUCUUCUAUGAAUAAUAAUAAUCAUGAUAAUGUCGAAAUGUUAAGAUGAUAUUCAACUUUUUUCCUGGAAAAUGAUUUGAUAACUUUAUUUGAAAUGCAAGUUAGGUUUACAACUCAGUUUUAUUGGAUAAAAUGAAAUUAAAGAAAAUAUACCCUGAACUUUAUCAAGAAGAGAUAUUGUCAUCUUUAGAAUGGUGAUUCAUGUUUAGGUAACUGUUUUGGGAAGAGAGUCUAUCAGAGAGGGAUCAUUUUAUGCUUUCAGCGUGUUUUAAUCUCAAAUGGAGAAUAGAAAAAAAAAUCUAUUUGAAUAAUUUUAUUUGAUAAAUUGUUGAAAGGUUGGAAUGAAUAUUCUAUUUUUCUGAAAAAUAUUCAAUAACUUUAUUUGUAAUUACUAGGUUAACAUUUCUACUAUAUUGUAUGAAACUGCAAUGUAAGAAAAUACAAUGAACUUUAUCAAAAGGGAACUCGUCAUCUUUAGAGUGGUGAGUAUCUUAAGGAAACUUCCUUGAGAAGAGUCCAUAAUGUUCAACAAUUAAAUUCAUGCAACGAUUAUUUCCAUGCUUUUAGCGUGUUUGCCAUCUUAAAAAAAAUAUGUAUAUAGUAUUUAAGGUUUUUAUCUGUUAUAUGUUUUUGUAUGAUAAUCAUUUUGAUACAUGUGCUAUUAUUUGAAACACUGAUGUCUACUGAAAAAACCCAGUUUUCAAUGCAAUUCAA